GGGUGGAGCGGUGGCUCUUUGAUGUCGAGUCGCGCCUCAGUGGCAGCCACGGCGCCGCACAGAGCGCACUCCGCGUGCGGCGCCACACUCCAGCAGCCCGCAUGGACUCGCAACACAGGGCCGCCGGCCUGAGCGAAGAACCAAGAGGGACCGUGGGCAUCUACGGCUGGCGGAAGCGAUGUUUGUACUUGUUGAUCGUGGUGCUGGUGGCGGUGGUGAUCGUCAACCUGUCCCUCACCCUGUGGCUACUCAAAGUCAUGCAGUUCUCCUCGGAAGGAAUGGGUCGGUUAAAGGUGGUGGAGGACGGCUUGCAGCUUCGAGGCCGGGCGAUGGUGCUGGACGCGUUGGUCGCCUCGACGAUCCGCUCGCGUCCUGGAGUGCCGAUCAGCGUCGACUCGUCGCACAACUUCUCCAUGAGCGCCAGAGACCACUUGGGUCGCACGGUCAGCAGACUUCUGCUCGGAAGCGACCAUUUCGAGUGCCUCGCGCGAGGGUUCAGGGUGACAGACCCGAAAGGCGAAGUGCUUUUUUCGGCGACAAAAGGGGAGGUGGAGAUUGGCGCCGAGAGCUUAAGGGUGACCGGAGGGGUGGUUUUUGAAGGGAGCGUGCAGACACCAGUCGUCCGAGCAGAGUCAGGUUUCGACUUGAAGCUCGAGUCUCCCACGCGUUCAUUACAUGUGAAAGCACCGCAAGGCAUUGCACUCGAGUCGCGUGCCGGUGACAUUAGCGCCAGUUGCUUGACGGAUAUGAAGCUGCGCUCGAUCGCGGGCACGGUGCGACUGGAGGCUGCGAACGUGUUCCUGCCAGGGCUGCGCGAGGCGGGCAAAGGUGGUGCGCCGAGCGGACGCGCCAGCCAGGACGUGUACCAGUUGUGCGCGUGCGCAAACGGCCGAGUGUUCCUCGCGCAGCCCGACGCCGUGUGCGCAGCCGACAGCGACGUGUGCCGCUGAAACGGCAGCUAAGACUCUCGUCAAUUAUGUCAAUCGCGCCAGAUGCCUCUUUGAAAAGAACGGACGUUUUUCAAUGAUUUCGCUGGAUUUUCUUCCAGGUUCUUUUCGAGCUGUAUUGAAAGUCACCGAUGAAAAUGUUGGAAAUAAAAACAGUGUCUCAACCUAUUUGUGUGAAGCAGAAAUUUAGAAGCAUCGACUCUUACGUUCGAUUUGAGCAUUUUAUUCCCGGAGCUGAUUGUGAAUUACCUCGCUAUCGGGUCAUUUCUUUUAGAUCUGAACAGCCUACGUCAACUCAGCCUGUGGCGACGAAAGGAAUGGGCGAAACGCUUGUUUUUCUGUAAAGCUCUCGCAAUAAAUGGAAGUUUUAUCAGUGGCAGUUUUCAA